UGCUGUGUGCUUUCGGAGGAGGAGGUGGUGGAGGCUUUUGGAAAAGGAGGAAGAGGUGGCGUUGGGGAGGGGGGGAUCUCUUUCCCCGUUGGAGAUGAUCGUGCUAUUCCUCUUUGCCUCGCUCUGGAUGCUGGAGGGGGCCCUCGGCCAGCUCCAUUACACGGUGCAGGAAGAACAGGAGCAUGGCACGUUCGUGGGGAAUAUCGCCGAAGACCUGGGCUUGGACAUUACAAAACUUUCGGCUCGCCGCUUCCAGACGGCGUCCAACUCCCGCAGCCCUUACCUGGAGCUCAACCUGGAAACCGGGGUGCUCUACGUGAACGAGAAGAUCGACCGCGAGCAGAUCUGCAAGCAGAGCCCCUCCUGCUUGCUGCACCUGGAGGUCUUCCUGGAGAACCCCCUUGAGCUGUUCCGGGUGGAGAUCGAGGUGCUGGACAUCAACGACAACCCACCCUCCUUUCCCGAGCCCGACCUCACCGUAGAGAUCUCGGAGAGCGCCACGCCGGGCACCCGCUUCCCCCUGGAGAGCGCCUUCGACCCCGACGUGGGCACCAACUCUCUGCGCACCUACGAGAUCACUCCCAACAGCUACUUCUCACUCGACGUGCAGACGCAGGGCGACGGCAACCGCUUCGCCGAGCUGGUGCUGGACAAGCCGCUGGACCGCGAGCAGCAGGCGGUGCACCGCUACGUGCUGACCGCGGUGGACGGCGGGCAGCCCCAGCAGCGCACCGGUACCGCCCUGCUCACCAUCAGGGUGCUGGACUCCAACGACAACGUCCCCGCCUUCGAGCAGCCCGUCUAUACCGUGUCGCUGCCGGAGAACUCGCCGCCGGGCACGUUGGUGCUGCAGCUCAACGCCAGCGACCCCGACGAGGGGCAGAACGGCGAGGUCAUCUACUCCUUCAGCAGCCACAUAUCGGCCCGCGCACGGGAGCUCUUCGGCAUCGCGCCGCGCACUGGGCGCCUGGAGGUAAGCGGCGAGCUGGACUACGAGGAGAGCAGCGUGUACCAGGUGUACGUGCAAGCGAAGGACCUGGGGCCCAACGCCGUACCGGCGCACUGUAAGGUGCUGGUGCGGGUGCUGGACGCCAACGACAACGCGCCCGAGAUCAGCUUCUCCACCGUGAAGGAGGCGGUGAGCGAAGCGGCGGCGCCGGGCACCGUGGUGGCCCUCUUCAGCGUCUCGGACCGCGACUCGGAGGAGAACGGGCAGGUGCAGUGCGAGCUGCUGCAGGGCGACGCACCCUUCCGCCUCAAGAGCUCGUUCAAAAACUACUACACCAUCGUCACCGAGGGGCCGCUGGACCGCGAGCAGCCGGGAGGCGACGCCUACACGCUGACGGUGGUGGCUCGGGACCGCGGCGAACCGCCGCUCAGCACCAGCAAGUCCAUCCAGGUGCGGGUGAGCGACGUGAACGACAACGCUCCGCGCUUCAGCCAGCCCGUCUACCAGGUGUACGUGAGCGAGAACAACGUGCCCGGCGCCUACAUCUACGCCGUCAGCGCCACCGACCGGGACCAGGGCGCCAACGCCCAGCUCGCCUACUCCAUCCUUGAGAGCCAGAUCCAGGGCAUGUCCGUCUUCACCUACGUCUCCAUCAACUCCGAGAACGGCUUCCUCUACGCGCUCCGCUCCUUCGACUACGAGCAGCUCAAGGAGUUCAGCUUCCAAGUGGAGGCUCGCGACGCCGGCGAGGAGCCGCAGCCGCUGGCCGGCAACGCCACCGUCAAUAUCAUCGUCGUGGACCAAAACGACAACGCUCCCGCCAUCGUCAGUCCGCUGCCCGGCCGCAACGGCACCCCGGCGCGGGAGGUGCUGCCGCGCGGCGCCGAGCCGGGCUACCUGGUCAGCCGCGUGGCGGCGGUGGACGCCGACGACGGCGACAACGCCCGCCUCACCUACAGCAUCGUGCGGGGCAACGAGGCCAGCCUCUUCCGCAUGGACUGGCGAACGGGCGAGCUGCGUACGGCGCGCAGGGUGCCGGCCAAGCGCGACCCUCAGCGGCCCUACGAGCUGGUGGUCGAGGUGCGCGACCACGGGCAGCCGCCGCUCUCCUCCACCGCCGCCAUUCAGGUGGUGCUGGUGGACGGCGCGGCCGAGCGGCCUGGCGGCGGCGGCGGCGGAGGAGCGCUGGGUGCGGGGGUGGGCGCGGGGGGCGGCGGAGGUGGCGGAGAGCAUCGGCCCAGCCGCUCCGGGGGGGACACCUCGCUCGACCUCACCCUCAUCCUCAUCAUCGCCCUGGGCUCCGUCUCGUUCAUCUUCCUGCUGGCCAUGAUCGUGCUGGCCGUGCGCUGCCAGAAGGAGAAGAAGCUCAACAUCUACACCUGCCUGGCCAGCGACUGCUGCCUGGGCUGCUGCUGCUGCUGCCCCUGCUGCAGCCGCCAAGCGCGGGCCCGCAAGAAGAAACUCAGCAAGUCGGACAUCAUGCUGGUGCAGAGCUCCAACGCGCCCAGCAACCCGGCGCAGGUGCCGGUGGAGGAGUCGGGCAGCUUCGGCUCCCACCACCACAACCAGAACUACUGCUACCAGGUCUGCCUCACUCCCGAGUCCGCCAAGACCGACCUGAUGUUCCUCAAACCCUGCAGCCCCUCCCGCAGCACCGACGCCGAACACAACCCUUGCGGGGCCAUCGUGACCGGCUACGCCGACCAGCAGCCCGACAUCAUCUCCAACGGCAGCAUCCUGUCCAGCGAGACGAAACAUCAGCGUGCUGAGCUCAGUUAUCUAGUUGACAGACCCCGACGGGUAAACAGUUCUGCAUUCCAGGAAGCAGACAUAGUAAGCUCUAAGGACAGUGGUCAUGGAGACAGUGAGCAAGGAGACAGUGAUCAUGAUGCCACUAAUCGAGGUCAAUCCUCUGGCAUGGAUCUCUUCUCCAAUUGCACAGAGGAAUGUAAAGCACUGGGCCACUCAGAUCGGUGCUGGAUGCCUUCCUUUGUCCCAUCUGACGGACGCCAAGCUGCAGAUUACCGCAGCAAUCUGCAUGUACCUGGCAUGGACUCCGUUCCAGACACUGAAGUGUUUGAAACACCAGAAGCCCAGCCGGGGGCAGAAAGGUCCUUCUCCACCUUCGGCAAAGAGAAGUCUCUUCACAACACUCUGGAGAGGAAGGAGUUGGAUGGACUGCUGUCUAAUACACGAGCGCCUUACAAACCACCAUAUUUGAUGGGGAAGAUACGUGUUGCAUCCAGCCACCUCCCAUUGAAAUUGAAUUGUUCAGCAUCUCCAUGUAUUUCAUCAUGCUACUAGGUGCCUAUCUGCAGUGAUAGGUAUGUAAAUGCCUUUAAACAUUAGCUUUUUUGUAUUUGCCUCUUCCUUUAAGUGUAUGUGCUACUAAUGUCUAAGGACUCCGAUUUGCAUAUUGGGCAAAAAAAUAAAAUGAAGUAGUUGGAAAAUAUUUAGGAUGCAUAUUAAAGAGAAGUAUCUACAUCCGUAAGCUGGAGUAGGGAAGGUUCUGAUACCUCCUUCUUUAAAGAUUUUCGAGAGUUCAAAAAAUACCUGUCAGGGAUGAUAUAAGUGUACUUAAACUUGCCUCAGAGAAAUAGCAUGGACUAGUCUCUCAGUCCUGUUCUGUAAUUUUCAUCAUAAGGCAUACUGAGCUUCAGAGGAUGUUAUCUGUAAACAGCUGUAGGAGUAAAGUUCUAUCCUUCAAUUAGGUAUCAGAAGCAAUAUUUAAUGUUUAAAUUUACAUAAAAACUGCGAGCAUAGUAGAACAAGCUGUCUUUGUGAAGAACUUUCUUUAGAGUAAAUGAAAGUUCCAGUACAAGACAGUGUCUUACAGAGAAUAACAAAAUGAAACCAGAUGUGUGAUUUAUUUAUUUAUUUGAUAAUUCCUGGUUUAGAUGUGUAGCAAUGGAUAUCUAAGCAACUUGCCUAUUAAAUUUCUUCCGUUUCUUCCAGACUGAUUAUUGCAAAACUCUAAAAUACUAAAAUGUUUCACUACUCGAAACAAAAUUACCAUUAUUUCAUGCAGGUUUUAAUUAAUCUGCCCACUGAGAAGGGAAAAAAAUAAGUAUUCCCAUUAAAUAUUCUCAGCUGAUUUGAACAAGGUGUAGUAAUUUUUCAACAUUAUUGUUGCAAAACUAAGUGGAAUGUCAGUGCACAGAUAUAUAUUAUUUGUAAAGAUUAUGCUUCAUGCAUUAUAAUCACUAUAUAUGUGUGUGUUGGGGGGGUAUGUGUGUGUAUAUAAUUAUAGUUCAAAAUCUGGUAAGUUGCCUCUGGAUUUUUUUCUUACAGGAGUAUGCUCCUAUCAGUAAAUUCAAAGAGAAGGGUAGAAACACAUUUAUGAUACUAGAAAAUUAGACUUGUUCUUUAGUGUAGAAUGGAGUUUUGUAUUCAACAUUUGAAUUCAGCCCCUUCCUCAUGCGUCACACCCACAAUCAAACACACAUUUCAUUGUUUGACUUUAAAACUUUUACCUGCUCACAGCAGACUUUUUUUUUUCCUUCUUUUUUUUUAAGUGCUAUCAUUCCUCAGGGUAAAAGGUGGAUAAAUAGAUAGUCUUCCUAGGCUGAUAAAUUGUCAUUGCAAUUUUGCAAGGCUGUUAAAUAUUUAUAUGUCUUAUGUGGAGAAAGCUGAUCAUAUCCUGCCAUUGUUCCUUGUUCAAGUCUUCAGUUGUUUGACAUUAAGACUUUUUAAUUAAAAUUUAUACAGAGGUGUAGGGGCCAAAGUAAGCAAGCAUCACUGAUAUACAAUUAGACAUAGCAAUUUGAACAUUGGUACCAGAUGUCUAUGAAGAUCAGAAAAGUUAUUCUAUUUGAAGCAAAGUGAAAGGCACCCAGUAAGACUUUAUUACGUUAUGCUAUGAAAAAAUCUGAAACAGUGAGUUAAAUCCAUUGCACUGACCCCUACAAUCAGAGCUCAGAUUCAUCUUAAAGGUCUCCUUCACUUUUUUUUCUUCCUCUGAUCUGCUGAUCUGUCUUGAUAUGAAAUGGAUACAUAUACAUGAACAAAUACAGCCAUUAAAAUCCAUUGCUGAAGCAUCUGUGUUUUUGUAGAUAUCCUCAUAUGUAAGAAACGAGCAAGAACUAACGUGGACAGCUUUCUUGAAUUGAAAUUGUUUUUGAAUUUGAAUUUGUUAAUAAAGAUCAUGAUAUUGUAUGUUGGCUGAGACAUCAGGAAAAAUGAAAUCUAUGUGGGUGUAGUUCUCCAGAAGGCAAAUGCUUCAUUUAGGAAGCAUCCUGUCAAAAAUGUGUAAAUGUGAGUGCUGGAAAUCUUGCUGAGUCAAGAUGAAACACACUGUGCCAAAACUUUCUUGUUCUCUGUGUCAGCACUGAUUAAAAUGUCCUCUGGAUGGUUAACCAUGGUAGUCAUUCAGAAGAUACCCAGAAUGGCAAAAGAGAUUCAGAUAACAUUACUAUUCUUUCUAAUGAGAGGUGAAGACAAGAAGUAGAAUUUGUAUUAAAAUACUUAUUUAUAUUAUACAAUAGGUAAAAUUCAGUUAAGCCAUGCAAUUCAUGAAACAGUAUGCUUCCAAAUACAUGCACUGCAAUGAUUAAAGUUCACCUCAUCAUCAGCUUAAAAGCAUAUUUCAGGCAACUCAUCUAUGAGUUGCACUAAGAGUGAAGAGUAAUGUAUUGUAUGACAAUGCCUUACAACAACACGAUAAAGUGAAUGUAACCAAACCAACCUUAAGUUUUAGAAGCCUUGGAUUCAAACAUUCAGGUUCCAAAACUGAACUGUAUUUUGUAUGCAUCAGAGCCUAAUUCCAUUAAAGGCAGUGGUCCAAGUUGCAGUGAUUUGAAGGGGAACAAAAGAAAGUUCCCCUUUCUUUAUGCACAUGCAUUUUUGAGCAAGAGCAAUUUGCAAUAAAAAUAUUUGACACCAAAAGAUGGGAAAAUUUACUAGCUCUGUUUUUAAUGAGCUGUGAAAUCAAGUUCAGAAAUUUGGAUGUGGCUGUAUGUCAGUUUAAAAUGGACAAGUUUUGAGUGAUUUUAUUUGAAGGCAAAGCUGAAUGACAUCUCUGUAGAGAUUUUCUUAGAAGACCGUAACAGAAAUGCAGUCCUGAAAACAUAUAUUAAUGUUUUUACAAAUGGGAAGAUAAUCAAAAAUUCACUGGAGAAGAGUGGUGGUUAAAAGUGUGAACAAAGCCAGCAAAGAAAUACCAGCCCCAAUGAUGACUAUUUAACAUUUUGCUUUGGAAGGUAACAAAUGUCCUAAUGACCUUAUCUCUUUUCAGAUUUACUCUGAAAGAUGUUUCCUAUCACAUUUUCUGGUCUAAGUUUUACUUGGGAUAUAGAAGCAGGGUGUAUAUAGAAGGAUCUCCAUGUGUGUGGAUGUUCGCUGAGAAUAAAAUAGAAAAAAAAGACCUAAAUGAAUCCUGAUGUCAAAACUACAUAGUAAUUCCAUCUCCAACAUUACAGCUUUUCUAGAUGGAUUUCAGAAUAAUUUAGAGCAAGAACUUUAUGGGAUGC